CACACGCAUAUCCUUAGUACCCAUUAAAUAUUAGCCAAGGGUUCUUAACCCAAUACCCUAAAAUGUUACAAUAACUGUGUUGUCUCUUCUAUAAUUUCCCAACAAUUUCCCAUGCUUCUCUCUGGAACUCAUGCUUUUCUCCUGUUGGUGGAGAAAAUGGACUCACCAGUUUCAUCUUCUCAGCCUUCCAGGACAACGAGAAUGAAGUCAUGCUGGACCUUUUGGUGAAGGAAGAAGACACAGAUGAUGCCGGGGACGGGAGCUGUGCCGGACCAGCCACAGAUCCUGCAACACCCAGAACUUUGGAAGCCCAGCCAGCUUCUGACCCGGAGGCGGGCCACCCUGCCACGGCCGCCACCCUCCCACCGCCGGCCCGGCUCGCAUGGCUCCGAAGGAGGAAGACCAAAUCGGCCAAGGUGGAGUCCUUGCUUCUGCAGAUGCUCCACCAGGACGCAGAAGAAUCCCGGGAGACGCGGGAGGCGGUGGAGCGCGGCUGGGCCCGCCUGGAGGCCUGGGCCAGGGCCGAGCAGGAGAGCCGGGCCAGGGACGCCGAGCGGGAGCAGCAACACCGGCAGGAGGUCUUGAACUGCAUGCGGCAGACAAACGCCUUGAUCCGGAGCUUCAUGGGAGACACGUCGCUGCUCCUGCGUCGGAUUUUGGAGGCUCCCCGAAUGGAGGACGGAGGCAGGGAAGGGGCUGCGGAGGGGUCCGUGGAUGGCACGGGCAGAACGGCAGCAGGGAGCAGGCUGGCUGGCCACCGGCAGGCAAAGCGGAAGGCUGGCUCUGUCGACGACGAUGACGCUGCCACCAGCCAGAGCCCAGCGGGCUCCACAACCCCCUAGCUCUGGGCGGGGGGAAAGGGGGGUGUCCGAAUCUUUAAAAAGGGGUCCAUAGAUACCUGGGAGGAGGGCCCUGUGGCAGAGGGAGGGGGAGAAAGGCAAUAUCAUACGUACGAUAGUACUUACUGUUCUUUCCCCCUCUCUUUCCUGGGUUAGGGGCCGUUGUUUGUUUGCUGUUGAUCCGUUCGGUUGGCUGCUGAAAUAGGCAUACGGCCAAGGAAAGCGUAGUCAUAGAAGGUUAACGUCAUGGCAAAGCUGGAGGAAGAGGAACCAGGUGUGGCCAGAGAAAAGAGUUCUGCUUGUGGCAAACGCAGGCCCUGCAGGAGUGUGUGGAUCAGCCUCCCAAGCUGUACUCCCCGUCCUGGAUUGCUUGUUGUCGUUGUUUUUAGACCUUCCAGAAAAACUCUUGAUGGGCUCUUUCCCCCUCAUCUUUGGUCUUCCUCUUUCCCAGCAUUAUGGUCUAGGAACAAUAGCAGAAAAAUAUUCCUGUUGCUAAGUCAGUCUCCCAGGCAUCUGCAAGACAGUAAACUGUUUGUGAGUGUGUGUGUGUGUGUGUGUGUGUGUGUGUUGUCAAGAUCACGCAUGGGCUGAGUCGAAGGUAAUUUCAGCAGAUGAUUGCAGAUUACUGGGGGGGAGGGGUUCCUGUAAACCAGCUGGAGGACAGAGUUGUGAUUUGAAUUGGCGGAUCCUGGGUUCGGAUCCUAGC